AUUUCACUUGUAUAUAAACCACCAAGGAGGCACAAGUCUUAAGUCUAUUUUGUUACAGCUUGUGUAAUUGUAAACAACAGUGCAAGUAAGUGAAAAUGAAGUCUGCUGCUGUCAAAGUGACAAACAUGGAGAAAAGGACGGCCAAAGCACACCAUAAACUAAAGGGCAAGAGGCAGACCUAUGCAACCUACAUCUAUAGGGUUUUAAAACAGGUUCAUCCAGACAUUGGAAUCUCUGCCAAGUCGAUGGGCAUAAUGAACUCGUCUGUGGGUGACAUGUUUGAGCGGGUAGCAUCAGAGGCAGCCAAACUGUCAUUGUACAACAAGAGACGUACCAUCACCAGCAGAGAAAUCCAGACUGCUGUACGACUGCUGCUUUCUGGGGAACUAGGAAAGCAUAUGGUGUCUGAGGGUACUGGAUCUGUAGCAAAAUACACUAGCUCAAAGUGAGCACUUCCUGGAAACCUUUUCAAUGUUAUCUUUUUUAACUUGCAAAAUAAAAUUAUUUUAUUUUUAAA